CGCACAAAGGUUUGGGGAAAUGAAUGCUCCAAAUGUUCUGUAUUCAGUUGCACUGACAGUCGCGCUCGAGGGUCGCAUUAGAUUCUGCAUGUCUCCUUUUCAAAGGGCUGAGAGUGGCUCCUCCCUCUCUGUACCUUGUGACAACAACAACUCAUCCACAGAACAGAGCCACACUUUUCUGCUAAUUUUCUUCGUCAUUCUCUCUCAAUCUUUCACAGAGCCCUAAUUUCCCCACGAGAACUCUCCUAGUGCACUCGCGCAUCGGCGGAGCGCUCUCCGGUGGAUAUCUUCUUCUUUGCGCUACUUUUGCAUACUGGCUGUCUUUCCCAUCUGAACUUAUUUCAGAGGUGCAGAACACCAUGGCCGUACCGGCUGCUCUGAUCCCCCCAUCGUCUCUGGUCCAGCCGUGUCCGAUCUCAACUUCUUCGUCAGCAUCAUCAUCAGCAUCAUCAUCGUCAUUCUCCGCGAACGCCGCACCAUCAUCCUCGCCCUCGGCCACUUCUGCGUCUCCCUCUCAAUCAGCGACCCAUAAUCUGUUCCGAUCGGACCUGAUCAGCGCUAACGCCAGCAUCCCUCUGCCCGGCAAGCCCGUGUACUCGACCCCAUCUCCUGUUGAAAACACUCCGCAGAAUAAUGAGUGCAGGAUGGUGGAGCUCAGGGGUGCCAAUGUGGCCUCUUUCACAGUGGACGGACAGGAGCUCAUCUGCCUGCCACAGGCGUUUGAUCUGUUCCUCAAACACCUGGUUGGAGGACUGCACACCGUCUACACGAAACUCAAGCGACUGGAGAUCACGCCGGUGGUGUGUAACGUGGAGCAGGUCCGCAUCCUGCGGGGACUGGGGGCCAUCCAGCCCGGGGUCAACCGCUGCAAACUCAUCUCCAGAAAAGACUUCGAGACCCUCUACAAUGACUGCACUAAUGCCAGCUCAAGACCCGGGAGGCCUCCAAAACGGACGCAGAGUGUGACAUCACCGGAGAACCCGCACUUCAUGCCACAUUCUGUGCCGGGCCUUAUGUCGCCAGGAAUCAUUCCCUCCACAGGUCUGAACGCUGCCAUUGCUGAGGCUAUGAAGGUUAAGAAGAUCAAACUCGAGGUGAUGAGCAGCUACCAUGGCAACAGCACCCACCUCAGUGCCGACUCAGAGAAUGGAGAUCUCAGUUCCAGCGUGGGCUUGGAACUGCCAUUUAUGAUGAUGUCCCACCCCCUGAUCCCUGUCAGCCUGCCUCCCGCAUCCGUCACCAUGGCGAUGAGUCAGAUGAACCACCUCAGCACCAUCGCCAGUAUGGCCGCUGCAGCACAGGGACAGAGUGCCCCAUCCAGAAUGGUGACAUCAGUGAUUAAGGAGCGGGUCCCAGACAGUCCCUCCCCUGCCCCCUCUAUGGAAGACGGCAGGAGGCCGGAGAGCCGACCCUCAUCCCAGCGCAGCAGCAGUGUCUCCAGCUCUCCCGCGCACACCGAGAGCUCCUCCGACAGAAUGCCUGUGCAUCAGAACGGACUGUCAAUGAACCAGGCAUUACUAGGCCUGUCUCCCAACAUAUUACCAGGACCUAAGGAGGGCGACCUGGCAACACAUGACAUUGGCCACGAGGCCAAGAGAAUGCACCUGGAGAAAGAAGAAAACCCACUGUGCACACCAACAGCAAGAGACAGCUAUGAGAGGUUGUCGCUAGCAAGUCAGGGUUUACCUCCAGGAUUCCCUUCACCUUUCCUCUUCCCUGAUGGACUGUCAUCUAUAGAGACACUUCUGACUAACAUUCAGGGUUUACUGAAGGUGGCGAUUGAUAACGCCCACACUCAGGAAAAACAAGUGCAGCUGGAGAAGACAGAGCUGAAGAUGGAGCUGUUUAGAGAGAGAGAGCUUAGAGAGACCCUGGAGAAACAACUGGCUGUUGAGCAGAAGAACAGAGCAAUCAUUCAGAAGCGAUUGAAAAAAGAGAAGAAAGCAAAGAGGAAAUUGCAAGAAGCGCUGGAGUAUGAGUCAAAACGACGAGAGCAGGUUGAACAGUCCCUGAAACAAACGUCACCCACAGAAAGUCUCAGAUCACUCAAUGACUCGUUGACCCAGGAGAUAGAGACUGACCGCAGCAGUGGCAGAACAGAUGCUGAGAGGACAAUACAAGCAGAUGGAAGACUUUUUCUGAAAACAACAGUGAUGUACUGAUAGCAUGCUGUUGAAGACUGGUGUCAUAUGAAGAUUCUCCAGAGUCCCAUCGCAGGGUAAUUUAGUUACAACAGGUCAAUCACUCAUAGAAGUUCAUCAGGGUUGUGUUCUUGGCCUGAUGUGGAAGAUGGAUUUUGUCAGAAUGUAGUAUUAGGACUCUUAUUCUCACAGAUAUUAAUGUUAUAAUAUACCAGUUGUGGGAUUCGGAUAUCAUGAGUUCGCUGUUUUGAAGUUGACAAUUUGAGCACAGUAAAAUGUACUAUUUGGUACACAUGGUGAUAAUAUUUACAACCAAUUCACAGCACUGAAGAUUUUUAUACUGUAUUAAAACCAGCGAGAAAGCUUAUAAAAUAAAAUCUGAUUCAGAGGUUUUGUUUUGUAUAAAAAAUAUAAUGCAAAAAUACAUCCUUAAUGUUAUAACUAUUUAGCAAGGUGUUAAAGAUCCAAGCUGGGAGAAGAAGCUCUUAAAAUGUGAAUUUGAAUAUAUGUUGAUCAACAGAAAUGAUUAAUAUUUGCUUUUAAUGUUUUUUAAACUAGAAGAAAAAAAACAAUCAAGUUUCAUUUCUAUUAUUAUUGUAUAUACAAAAUCAGAACAUAGGUUUACUCACUCACUUUGGUAUUUGUAUAUAAUGUUUAAAGUUGGUAUUGUGUAUGCAGUAGAACUAUUAGGAGAACAAUGCCAGCGUUUAUAUUGAAUUUAUAGAUUUGUUUUGUUUUUUGAGCCAUCAUUCUUUCAUUUCGCUGCCACUAUGGUGAGGAAGCAUGCAGGCAUGUAAAUGUGUUGUCCUGAUUUCAUGUUAUUCAAUAAAUACUUAACUGUG